AUGGUUAAACUAUUGCACCUCCACGAGGCACUGCUCGUCAAGAGCGUAGAUCACGAUGGAGUCCCGCGCCCCGUCGACAUGCUCGACAACGACUCCAUUCGUCCAAUACCAGUCAAAGAUCGCACAUGGUCCCAACUCACCUACAUAGUCUUCUGGUGGUCCGCCACCGCCAAUGUCAGCAACUUGUACUCUGCUUCCACAGGAAUGGCCAUGGGCUUGACCAUGUGGGAAGCUAUCGCCUGCUCCUUCGGUGGCCAGAUUCUGGCUGGGUGCUUGAUGGCUCUUAACGGACGGGGAGGUGCCAUGUACCGAAUCCCAUUUCCUGUUCUCUGUCGCUCGAGCUUUGGCUCUUGGGGUGCGCUGUGGCCAACAUUCAAUCGUGCUGCCAUGUCGAUUGUGUGGAACGGAGUUAAUUCUGUCCAAGGGGCCCAGUGUUUAUAUGUAUUUCUACAUGCGAUCUUCCCUUCUAUCGCGAAUAUUCCAGAUAAGAUGGGAUCCAAGUCCGCCUUGACUUCAGCUCAAAUGAUGUGCUUUUUCAUUUACUGGUAUGUUGUGUCCAGCCACUUUCUCAACUCAGACGCAUUUACUGAUACCCAAGAAAGGCUGGUCAACUGCGCGUUUUUGCUUGUCCCUGUCCCAAAAAUGAAGUCUCUUGUAUACGCCAAGGUGGUCGUCUUCUUCGCCGCCACAUUGGCCAUGGUCGGAUGGACUGUAUCGUUGUCAGGGGGAUCAUCAAAAUUCAUACUCACCCUGCACUCCCCUUCAACAGUCCAAGGCACAGAGAAGAGCUAUCUCAUCUUCAAAUUUUUCUUCCUGGGACUGGCAAGUUGCGGAACCUUCAUUUCCAAUGCAGCAGACAUGCAACGCUAUGCUCGAAAGCCCAAUGAUGUGAUCAUCGGCCAGCUAAUAAGCUUCCCGGUAUCGAAUCUUCUCGUAGCUAUCUUAGGCAACCUUAUUGCCGCAGCUAGCAAGUCGAUCUUUGGAGAGCUGAUCUGGAGCCCUUUGACCUUCCUCGACAAAUUGAUGGAAGGCGAGCGUUAUACCCAUGGCAACCGGACAGCCUGUGCUUUCAUCUCGCUCGCCUUUGUCUAUUCCACGGUAUUCUCUGCGAUUUUCGAAAAUUCAAUUCCCGCCGGAAAUGACAUCGCGGCUUUGAUGCCCCGAUACAUCACAAUCAAACGAGGAUUCUUUAUUUGCGCCGUUCUCUCCUAUGCAAUCUGCCCAUGGUAUCUGCUCUCCACCGCCGCAAUCUUCAUCACAUUCCUAUCAUCGUACCAGAUCUUCCUGUCCGCCAUCGCAGGUAUCUUAAUCUGCGACUACUAUCUUAUUCGUCGGGGCUAUCUUAAUAUCCCGGCGCUUUAUACCGCACGCCCGGAGAGUCUGUAUCGAUACUUCCACGGAUUCAAUCCGCGGGCUUUCAUUGCAUAUCUCAUUGCAGUGGCGCCUAAUUUUUACGGAUUCCUCAAUCAGAUGGGCGUCAAGGCCCCGUUGGGAAUCCAGAGAUUCUACUAUAUUGCCUACCCGACUGGCCUGUUGGUUGCGUUUGGUGUGUAUUAUUUCAGUUGUCUGGUUUCAGCGCCUGCUGGAAUGGAAAGGUCUGGGUGGAGAGAACCUAAAGAUUACUUUGAUGAGAAUGACCUGAUGAGAGAAGAGAGCAUGCCAGUUGUUCUUGAUGGAGUGGUAGCUGAGAAGAGGGUUAUGACUGCUUCUAAGGAGGUUUGA